UGAAAGCUGAGAGGGAUUCUCUGAUCCUAACACACCAGCCCUUGAAGGAAAACCCAGGCACCAUGGGCAGGCAGAGAGACGUGCUCACCGCAGUUGGGCAGAGGCUGAGGAUCAGGAAUAAACUCCUCCGGCAAGCUCUGGCUGAAUGUCUGGGGACGCUGAUCCUAGUGAUGUUUGGUUGUGGCUCAGUGGCUCAGAUCGUGCUCAGCAAAGGGAGUCAUGGACAAUUUCUGACAGUCAACUUGGCCUUUGGCUUUGCUGUGACCCUUGGAAUUCUGAUUGCUGGACAGAUCUCAGGUGCCCAUUUGAACCCUGCUGUCACCUUCGCCAUGUGCUUUAUGGCCCGGGAGCCUUGGAUCAAGUUGCCGGUCUACGCUCUAGCACAAACCCUCGGAGCAUUCCUAGGAGCAGGCAUCGUGUUUGGCUUGUACUUUGACGCCAUUUGGGCAUUUGGUGGGAACCAGCUCUUUGUCACCGGUCCAAACGGCACAGCAGGCAUCUUUGCUACCUACCCGUCAGAGCACUUGAACUCCGUGAAUGGAUUCUUUGACCAGUUUAUUGGCACAGCAGCUCUGCUGGUCUGCCUCUUGGCCAUCGUGGACCCCCACAACAACCCAGUCCCCAAAGGCCUGGAGGCUUUCACUGUUGGCUUCGUCAUCUUGGUGAUUGGGACUUCCAUGGGCUUCAACUCCGGAUAUGCCGUCAACCCAGCCCGAGACUUCGGGCCUCGUCUCUUCACAGCGAUUGCUGGUUGGGGCACGGAAGUCUUCACGACUGGCAGGCAGUGGUGGUGGAUCCCGAUCAUUGCGCCUUUCCUCGGGGCCAUUGCUGGCGUGAUCGUCUACCAGCUGAUGAUUGGAUGCCACGAUGAGCCACGGCAUGAAGUUAACGAGGAGGAGACCGUCAAGCUGUCCAAUGUGAAGCAGAGGGACAAUGUUUGAGGCUGCCAGGGAAUCCCACUGCCCUGGGUGCACCUGUGGACAUGUUUUUGGUGGUUGUUUUUUUUAAAAAAAGGACUGAGAUUGAUAACCAAAGAAAAAGAGAAGCACAACAGGAAUUUCUUCUGCUCUUUUGUUAGUCCUCUUUGUUACGUUGCAUACCCUUGAUGUAUUUGCUUUAGGAAGUUGCCUACAAACCUGGAUACCCCCUAUACUGUUGCAGUCACACAGCAUCAGGGGGCAGUGUUGUAAAGUGGUUAGAGCACAAGACUGGCUGGAAUCCUGAAUCCUCAGCCUUUUCUUUUGCCAAAUACUAAUGGACUUGUUCCUUUAACCUCUAUACGGCCUUCCCUCCCUUUGGCAGGACGUGGGUUCAAAUGACGUAGAUUCACCUUUGAGCCAGUGUGGCACAAAGGUUAGAGCAUUGGACUUAAAACCAGGGAGACCCAAGUUCAAGUCCCCGUUCCGCCAUGCAAGUCACUGAGUGACUCUGGGCCCAUCACUUCUCUCUCAGACUAACCUACCUCACAGGGUUGUUGUGAGGAUAAACAUAACCAUGUACUCUGUUUUGGGCUCCUUGGAGGAAGGAUUAAAACAAAACAAAACAACAGGUUCUGGGGCCAUUGGGUGGGUUAGGGUCAGCAAGGUUGUGUUCUUCAGUUGCUUCUCUCUAGGACUGGGUUCAGCUCUGUAAAUUUUGAGUGGAAGUGAGGCAUUGCAGCCAAAUUUGGUCAGUCUUUUCCUUGGAAGAUACAACGAAGGAAAAACUUCAGUGCUGGAAGAUGCAGUAGUGAUUUUGACAUAGGGUGGGCAUGGAAAUCUUUUCCAGGAAGUGCCAUGCAGGAGGAAAAUGCUAUGGAUAACAUUGAUCUGAGUGGCUUCUUCCACUGGCUUCAAGAUCCCUGUUCAUUACGGAGGCUUUUCAAAGCAUCAGGCUUUGUAAAUAUAAAGCAAUAUAUGUGUGUAAUGCCGUGCUGCAGUCUGUCAGAUAUGUGUCAUUUAGUUUUUGAUAAACUGGGGGCAUGUAUGUACAUUCAAUUCUUGCUUUGGGCUGUUUGUCUUUUUUAAAACAAGCACUUAUAAAUAUAACGCCAGGUUGCAGCAUCUAGGAGCUAGGCUGCAUUCAUGCAAACUUGGCCACCAUCCUACACAGAAUUAAGCACACUUGAAAUAGGAAACUGCCAUAUACUGAGUCAGACCAUUGGUCUAUCUAGCUCAUUAUUGUCUUCACAGACUGGCAGCAGCUUCUCUAAGGUUGCAGGCAGGAAUCUCUCUCAGCCCUAUCUUGGAGAAGCCAGAGAGGGAACUUGAAACCUUCUGCUCUUCCUAGAGCGGCUUCAUCCCCUGAGGGGAAUAUCUUGCAGUGCUCACAUGUCAAGUCUCCCAUUCAGAUGAAACCAGGGCAGACCCUGCUUAGCUAUGGGGACAAGUCAUGCUUGCUACCAGCUCUCCUCUCAGCUGCUUCAAAUAAUUGGGCUUCAAAACAUUUCAUUGUUUUGGGUUGUGGCCCAAGGACUUUCCUUCCAAGCAGCAGUCAGGGAACCCUGUUCGUGGAAUGCUGCAAAUAUGGUGGGGUAACCACAUGGGCAGCACACACACAUACUGUACAAUAGACAGGUAUCCUCUGGAGGAUUCAGCAUUCCAGGGAACUUUGAUACCAUGGGGACAGUCUAGUCACUCAAGCAGAGGAGAUGCUUUCUUUAUAAAGAUGUCUUUCGGGACCUCUUUUGGGAUGCUCAGAUUUGCUAUUAUUACAGAGUUGGACACUCACAUAUUGCAUGACAAAGAUGGCUAAGAUCCUCCUGAGGAUGAUCUAAGAUAUUAUAUGACGUUCCUCAGAUUGGAAUGCACUGCCAGGAAAAGACAUGGAUGGUGAGAAGAGAACCGAGUGUUGAAGGUCGGCUGUUGGGAACUCCUAUAGGGGCCUCCCUGAUGUUUUGGAAGAGACUAUUUGGGUCUGUUGCUCUUCCAAAGCACAGCCACCUUAUGCUAAUGCAACAUCUUAUGGCCAUGUAAACACAGGAAGCUGCCUUAUUCUGAGUGAGGACACCCCUGGCAGGGCACGCAAGAAGGGAAUUGCAUUGCCAGCUGGCACAAGUUGGCUUCUUUUUGCUUUAUUGGGCACCUCAGGUAUUUUCCCCAAAUGGGUCAUUUUAAAUCAGUGGGUCAUUUUAAAAGUGCCUCCAUAUCAUUAUACUCAGAAUUGCAGUUGGAGAAGUUUUUCCCCUGCAGGAAAAGGUGCUGAAAAUCUUUGUGCUUGUAUUAUUCAGAUUUGAUGCAACAAUUCAAUUGGUCAAGUAGUUCCUGCACUAUGUGUAAUGGCUAUACUGUUUGUAAUGUAUUUCAGAUUUUUUAAAAUAAUAAUUAAAAAAACCCUACCAUUGUAAA